AUGCCAGAACUCGAAUUCCCACCUCCAAAUUCCUCUUGGCCGACUUUUGAUGAAGACGGCUCGUAUCCAGAUGUCGACAGACAUUCAUGUCAGCUACUGGGACCUACUGCCCUUAUUGUCCAGGGGCUUAUGGGAAUUCUUGUCAUUCUUUCAAUGAUAUUCAAACGCCAUAGAGAGAAACCUAUGAGGCCUUGGAAGAUUUGGCUCUUCGACGUCUCCAAGCAAAUUGUCGGCCAAAUGUUUGUGCAUGGCGUGAAUGUGCUCAUAUCGGACCUGCUAUCUCACUUUUCUUCCGAGAACGCAUGCGUAUCCUACUUUCUAAAUAUACUGGUCGACACCACACUUGGCGUCGCCCUCAUAUACCUCAUUCUUCACGUCCUCACCCACAUAUUUUCCGAAAAAUUCCACCUGAAAGGCUAUGAAUCAGGAAUAUAUGGCACCCCUCCUCGUGUCAAGUACUGGGCGCGUCAGGCUGCACUAUAUGUUGUUGCCCUCACCACGAUGAAGUUCCUCGUCAUUGGCCUUCUAGCUUUAUUCCCUGGCCUCUUUCAGAUUGGAGCAUGGUUGUUGAGUUGGACAUGGACGGAUGAAGGCGACGCAUUCCAAGUCAUAUUUGUCAUGGGCAUCUUCCCUAUCAUCAUGAACAUCUUGCAAUUCUGGCUCAUUGAUUCGAUUGUAAAAGCCUCGAGCAGUCCUGUUGCGCUGGGAGCGGAUUUGGAUGCACCAGAUCCUGGUAACCCAGACCGCGAACCUCUAUUUGGUGUUCCGUCUGACGACGAAGACGACGAUAAUCUUCGCCCUCGACAUGGUGCUGAGCAUCAGCGCCCUCGCUCACGAUCUCGCAGUUCUCCCAAUUCGCGGUCUCAUUCCCGAGACAAGUCUAUUACCUUUUCCGACAAUCCCUACGAAUCCAAGUCCUCAGGGUCCGGCAGUAGAACCGAGGUUGCGGAUACACAUUCAUAUCCGCCCAGCCUAUCAAGUAGCCUUACCUCCACUUCAUCUACCUCGUCGAUGCGAGAAGCAAGUAAACUUAAUAAAAAGCGCCGACCUCCUCCGGCGCCACUGAACCUCUCACCUGCUCCUCAACCACUGUCAAUACCGUCUAAACCGGCUACGCGACCUACGAACGAUAGACCUAUUGUUGUGGAUCCGUCGAGGGAUGAGUGGGCAGAUACAUGGCAUGAUGAUUAG